UAAUCAUCGAGAUUCGCCAUCAAGAUUCGCCAUCAAGAUCAGCUUCUCAUGCUUCAGUUUAUCAUGCAUUCCCGAUUUGGGAUGGUCCGUGCACGGCCGGUCGGAUAGAGCUCGAAUCUCUGCCGGUGGUGAACUGCUGCCUGCAACACAGCCACGCACUGAUACAUGUAUAUACCUGCAACUCAAUUCACACUAGCUUUGUCAUCUCUCAGAGACAAUUACUCUGUUUCAGACGAGUCGCGAAUCGAGAAACCAGCAUGGAGUCCCGACUGCCCUCAAUGCCGCAAGAGAUUCUUCUUGCUAUCGUUUCCUAUCUCACAAACCCACUUCAAGACGCGGCUAAGAACGAAUUGCCUGGUGACGGACCCACGGAAUAUUAUCACGAUAUAUAUAAUGUUGCAUUGUCCUGCAAAAAGAUUUCCAUCGUCGCAAGAGAUGUACUGCUAUCGGGCCCAAUCUUCGUGCCAUUUGCGAAGCUCGACCGCCUUGUUCACACGUACCUCCGCUACCCGCAUUUCGCCACACGGCCUCGGUCCCUCGAAGUCGUGACCGGCUACAAUAAAUCAUUGAAUGUCGUCAACGAUCCUUUUGGCUGGCCUAAAGUUGAUGAUGGCUUUGAAAGAUCCUGCAUUGAAGUCAUCCGUAAACUGGACAUCAGCGAAGCCAACCGGAAUGACUGGAUCGCAAGUUUACGGCCUGAUAAAUCCAAACUUGUCCCAGAUAAGGACUUCAUAAUACCGGAUUUCAAAGCUCAGGACACAUUUUUUGGCCUUCUUCUCGUUAUGCUACCGAAUCUCCAAGAACUUUACCUGGGCACGCUUCACAUUGUCAACGUUCCCGUGCUCCAAGACUUGAUUUGGGACAGGCGGACUGAUAUCGAUUGGCCAUCCCCUAAAGUCGCAGCAUGGUACUCAGGCUACCUUCUCAAUGCAAUGUUACUCGUGGCGCCCAGAUUGACACAUCUGGAACUACCACUUCGAUGGCCGGACAUGUCUAAUGCCGCGGAAGUGACAAGAACCACUGAACGACCCAACAUCACGGAGUCCUUCAUAAACCUCAAGACGCUGACUGUGAACCCCCGAGUUCUCGAAUCAGGCUAUUUGUUGUCUGCAAUACUGCCUGCUUCGCCCCUCUUUCCAAAUCUUCGCCAUCUCAACAUCGUCGGUGACUACGAUUUCAAUUUUGUCGAAUCGCUCCCAAACCUCGCUGAGCUCAUUGCAGACGGCGUGCAGCCGAUGCCCUCUGAACUGCAGGGUAUUGAUAUAUUCCAGGUCCGCCCCCUAGUACCUUGGUGGAAAGUUAGGCGUUCUGUCAGGAAAAAAGCUCUGGCACAACUCGCAAACGCGUUCAGGAUCCGCAUCCGGGUACAUCAUUCCUCUCACCCUUUCGUCGAUGCUUCCCAUGUUGUAGAUGCUGUCGACUAUUACAUGCGGAGCCGAGCUGGUGGGGAGUGUGAUUUGAAGGUACUACCAGAAACGGAAUUUAGACACUUGCUCUAA